AUGUUCAUGUACCGCAUUUUCUGCCGGUCAUUCAUUUGCUAUGAUGUUUGUUGUUUUAGUCUCAAUGGUGAAGGAUCCCAGGAAUCUCAUUCCAACAUAAAUUAUGGAGAGGAAAAUUAUAAAACCUUUCCUAUAACUACGAAAACCGAGGCUAUUGUAGUUCAACCAGAAAACAACCAUUCAGAACUUCAGGCAAAUGAAAAUAUGAACAUCAACGCCUUCGACCAUAAUAGUAUGAAUAUCAUGACCUGUAGAAUCAAUUUGGACCAUUGCCACACACUUCUGCCAAGGAUUUAUCCAGGAGGCUUGGAUGAUUCACAAAGUCUAGAAAGAGUGCUUUUAAUGGUGAAUGGAUUGCACAAGCUAGGAUGGUGUAUAAUUAAAUCACUACUUUCCAUCAUUGUUGGACAUAUUGAAGCAUCUGAGGCUGAGUUUGAUACACUUCUUUUCCUUAUGUCAGAUGGUGUCCACUUGCUUCCAGCAAAUUAUGUUCUCUGUGUAGAUAUUGCAAGGCAGUUUGCUGAGUCUCGUGUUGGUAUAAAGUAUACUUAA